AUGCACACACUAGUAACUUGUGCCAAAAUUGAUGACCUCAUUGAGCCUUUAAAAAAACAAAUCUUUGAACAAGUCGAAUUUCCAAAUACUAAUUGGGAAGCUUUGUCAAUAGAAGAAGAAAGAGAAUAUAAAGAGAUUUACGAUAAUGUCAUGUUAGAAAAACCAGAAGAAUAUAAUGUUAUAAUACGAGAAUUUGAGGAGUCUUUGGGAAAUUACAAGGUAGAUCAAGUAGAAUUGGAGACAAUAUCAAAAAGUUUGGCUAAUAAAAUGGACAUAUUGGCAGCUUUAAGCAAAGAAGAUAAAAUCCAACAAGUAUUAGGAGGAAAGGGGAUAAUAGAGCUUUCAGAGUUAAAUAGAAACCUUGAGUUUGGUAAAAACUUAUUAGGAAAAGAGUUAUCAAUAAGUAAAAGCAUUAUUGAAAAUUUCCACCAUGAAAUAAUGAUUAAUUUAAAGCAGCCAGUGGACAAUUUGGUAUUGAAAAUUAAUCAACUGAGCAGUAAUGCAGAAAAAUAUCUAAAAGCUUAUCAACUGUUAAAUGUAUACAGGGAAAGAAGCCACCAAAUUUAUAAUUCAGACCAAGUAAUUUCAAAAAACACGGUUUCAGUAAGUUUAUUGGUGAAUAGUUGGGCAUACAUAUUGAGCGAAAUUGAAGCACUAAUUAAAGAUCAAUUGAAGCCUCUAAUUGAUGAAAGUAAAGUUAUGGUAGCAUCUGGUAAUGAUAUUUUAAAAAAGCUAGAGCUUAUUAACUCCAUAAUAGCUAAUACAGUUUUAGUAAAAUACGGGGAUUUAAUGAAUGAGAAAGUUGAACAAAAAAAUGGAUUUGAAACUUUAAUCAAAGAAAUUAAAAUUAAGGCUUUAAAUAUGGAAGAAAUUGGAAUUACAGAUGAUUUAAUUAAAUGGAGACUUGAAAUUAUUCCGUCUAUUCUGAAUAUUUUUCGCAGCCCACUUUCUAAAUUAUUUACAGAAAUCAACAAAGAUUUGGAGAAUGUGAAUUUUGUGGACGGAAUUGAACAAAUUAAUGAAAGAAUUCAAGAGUCAGACGAAUUUUUCAGUGAGUUGGAUCAAAUUAAAUUAAAAAUGAACUCAAUCUGGCUUACUUUAAAGUAUUUAAGCAAAGAUGAAGUGCUGGGGAAAAGAAAUGAAAAAAUAAAAGCUAUUACUAAUUGUGAGGAUGCAUAUAAUGAAAAUAAGGAGAAGAUAACAUUUUUAUAUGGGCAUGCAGUUACAGAAAGAAAUCAAUUAGAUUCAAUUGCUAGAAAUUUGACAUUAAGUGAAAGUCACCAAAUUUUUUUGGGGUUAAACACUUUAAAAUGCUUGGCAGAAUACUAUCAAGUAUAUAAGGGAAACGACACUAAUGUUUUAUUCACCUAUUCAAAAAUUAACCAAACGUGUCUGGGAUUCUUUUUGAAUAAGAUUCAUUCUUUUAAUUCGGAUGAAAAGAAUAAUUAUAUUAAUCUUGGUGAAAUAAAAGAUCCUGUCUUAAAAUUUGAAUAUAUAAUUUCACAUUUUAUAUCCGUAAUAUUCCCUAAUUCAAGAUCAAAUCAUGAAGAUUCCAACUUUAAUUCCUCAUUAAAUGAAUUAAUACAAGAAAUUGAGUCAAGCUAUAAUCAGAUAGAAAGUAAUGAGGCAAAAACCCUUGAAUUUAGGAGAAAGAAUGAUAGGUUAAGAAAAAUUAUUGAGAAAAUUGGAGAAUAUAAUGAGUUUAUUAUUGGCUUUACAAAAAGCCUGGAUAAUAUCAAAAAAACAACAUCAAUAGAGAGUUUUGAAAUCUUAAAACGUUACUUGACAGAUUUGAAUAAUAUAUUUGAAGAUCACAUUAAAGAAUCUAUUGGGAAUAAAGAUGAUGCUGCUAUUUUAUUUGAUCAACUUUUUAAAGAAUUGGUUAUAAUGUCAGAAGAGUUCUCAGAAAAAGAACUUAAUAAUGAUCAUUUAAAAGUCUCAGUAAUUAAGAGAUUCGAAGAUGUUCAAUUAUUAUUCAAUGAUUUUAUUGCAAAAGUCAACCUUGAUUACCAAAGAUCAAGUAGAUUGAAUUCUAAAGAGUUUAUUGAUAAUACACAAACUAAUUUGGAAGAAAUUGAUAUAGAAAUUCGAAUAUUUAAUGAAGAAUUAACUCAAGUGAAUGAAUUUAUGUACAAACAACACUCCAAUAACAUUUUAUCUUUGGCUACUUUUGUCUAUGCAUCAAAGUUAUUACUGAAUCCAGUAACUAAUUUAAAGGAUGAAAAUAAAUUAAUUGGUGAGUAUUUUCCUGAUCCAUUUACCCAUCCAUUUAGAGAAAAGUAUAGUUAUAUAUUAUUACAGUUAGGAUAUUAUUAUAAUGUAUAUCAAGAUUUUAAAGAAAAGAAAAAAAAUAUUUUGGAAAAAGAAAAUCAAAUCAAUAGUCAACUUUUGAACAUUGAAUCUGAACUAAUGAAAAGAUCCAACAUAACUACAAUAGAUUCAUCCACAAUGUAUAAAAUCCAAAAGCAGCGUAAAAUUGCAGAAAGAAUACUUUCAGGCUAUAUAAUGUUGACAAUUACAUUAUAUCAUUCGAGAUCUGAAGACAUUAAAAAGACCGUACUUGCUUUGGAUAAUUCAAUUUCAAAUUUUAAUAAUCAGAUUUCAGUUUUUCAAAAACAAAAUAAACUAGAUGGUAAAUUUGGGUUCAGGAAUAUAAUCAAGAAUAUCUUAAGAUCUAGAAAGUAUUUGAAACUUCGUAGGUAUUAUAAAAGGAUGAAAAAGUUUCAAGAUUAUUUGGUUCAUAAAAGAGAGCAGAUGUUGGAAUUUUUUAAAUUUUCAGAAAAUACAAUAACUAGUUUAAAUCGAGAAUUAAUCAAGAUUAUUGAUCAUUAUUUAUGUAGAAAGAAGGGAGAAAGUGAUUUAGAGUAUUAUGAAAAUGAAAAGUCUAUUAAUCAUGAAAAUAUGGAACCAAUACAGAUUAUAAUGGGUGAUUUAUAUAAUAUUUUCUCUAGAAUAGGAAGGUUGGAGUACUAUCAUUCUCCAAAGUAUUUGAUGUCUAAUUCAAAAUUUCUUGGGGAGUUAUUGAAACAAUAUCGACAGAUUAAUUAUGAAAUAAAUAAGUAUCAAAAAAAAGCUCAGAAAAUAUUUUUAACACAACAGAAGACUUUGGAUAAUGCUUUUAAGUUAAUAAGAAUUGCAAUCCCUGCAUCAUAUAUGAUUAGUAAAUACAACAAGUUUCCAAAAGAAUACCAGAGAUAUACAUUUAAAACUGGGAAAUUAGAUAUUAUUGGAGAUGAGCCUAGACACAUAAACAUAAGGGGAUGGAAUCUAAAAAAAGGAAAGAAAACCUUAUCUUUGGAGAAUGAAUUAAUGAUUGAAAGAAAAUAUAUAAAGAAUGAUCAAGAAUAUUAUGAAAUCAAAAAAGAUGUGGAAGAAAAAUUAAAAAAGUAUUCAUUACUUCCUCCUGAAAAGACUCUUGAUAAGCCUGACACCAAAACUUUAAUCUUUUUUAUUCCAGAUGAACUUGUUGACCAAAUGAUCUUUGAAAUUGAAAGAAAUAAUAUAAUUUUAAGGCAAGGUUACAAUUUUAAAGGUAAUAAUGAUGAGAAAAAUUCCAUACAAACUGUUAUGAGUAAUUACGUUCAUGAAUUAGUAAAGAGAAGGAAAUCAUUAUAUACUCAGCUUUCUUCAAAACCAUUUAUCACUAAGCAAGCGCAAUGUUCUAUCAAAGAUGAGAAGGAUGACUUCUCUUUAUCUUUUGAAGACAAAAAGGAGUAG